AUGCGUGGUGUAUCAUCUUGGGCGAAUCCUUCUCGCGCGGACGGAGCAGUUCGCUCGGUCGUUGAAUGGGCCCAUCACGAUGACCUUGAAAGGUAAGGCGUGAUUGGUGGAAGUAGGUCGGUAAAUGCAAAUUUGCGUUGGCACAUACUCAUGAUAUGACAAGCGCACGCCGAUCCUCCGGAGUUUUUGUUGUCUGUGGUUUACUCAUCUCCGCAGCGUCAGGCCGCGUGGCAGUUGUAGUAUUUUUACAUUGUGCCACGAAUUUUUUCUUUGCCUGCGAAUUCAAGCCCUUGUUAUCGGAGUUGCGAAAAUUCCCACAGAAGGAUUCGGAGGAUUAGUUGGCGAGCCUACGUGGGCUUUUAACAAGUUCUCAUCCGGUCAGUACAUUCAUACUGGGAACGGGACACAAGUAAAGCAUGUGAGUGCUAAGAGAAAUCGAUUACGGUUCGUCUUUCCGCACAACCGGGGUGUGGGAAUAGGACGGGGGAAGGAGAGACACACAGAGACAGUGAGUCAGGGGGCUGUGAAGGUUAGGGAGAAGGGGGGGGAGAGAAGGCGCGGAGGAGUGCGUGCAGUUGACCGGCCUCUGGCCACGGUAGGUGUGGAGACUGCACCAGUUUCUUCUGUGCGUAGAAGGUCGGGCUGUGUAGCCUGUUGGCAUCCGCCUCUGCUGUUGUUGACGGGCGCUGACCCUGUGAUUUAGGUUGGUUCGUUGGGACCCCGUGAAUCACUCGGAAGGCCUCGCUGGCGUCAACAGGAUAUCCCAAAUCAGCAAUAGCGGCGCUGUAAAUGCUUUUAAUUUCGCUUUUUGUCAACUGUGCCGAGAGAGGUUCCUAGAUUCUUUUGGAUAGGCGCCUAUUCAUGCGACCAAAAAAAUAACCUGUUCCAAAGGAGCAAGUAGAGGAGGUGGCCCGAGCUGGCAACCUAUCCGCGUAAGACAGGGUUGGUUGGGAAUAGUUUCCGAAUUCUUGCUGCUGGGAAGGUUUUUGAAACAGCCUGGUCAAGGCGUAUCCUCAGCAAUUCACUCGCUGAGUCCCCUUGAAAGGGGACUUUGAGGGACAGAGUUUUCUCUUCCGCUGUCAGUGUGAUUGGUUUUGCGAGUCUGCGGGUAAUAUUCUUUGCGGCAAAUUUGUCAAAAUAUCCCCUCUCGCAAGACAUGUCCUGAAUCUUCUUAAUUCCCUCGACAAUGCUGUCUACCGCAUAUAGCAUUCUAGCCCUUUGCGCCAAACAACGGAGCAGAUUGCGUUCCCGUUGAAGGGAUACGAAACUGCAGGCAAAGGUUUCUUCCUAUAGAUACUCCUCCAAACGCUAUCGUCAGGUCUCCUGUUUAAAAGGACGUCUAAGAACAGGAGCACACCUGCCUUUUCAACCUCCACCGUAAACUUGAUCGGCGGAUGUGCCUGAUUUACAGUAUGCCAGAGUGCAGCUAUGUUGGCUUCUGCAGUGGUGAUUGCGAAGAUGUCAUCAAAGUUGACGACCGUAAUGUAUUACCGUGUCGAUGUGGUCACUUAGUAGCUAUUUCUCCAGCUUGCCUAUGAAGACAUCGGCUAAGAGAGAACCAAGAGGUGAACCCCUUAAAAACGCCGUCUAUUUGUGUAUAUUGUUGGUUGUCAAAAAGGAACCGCGCAUUUAUAGUGUAUCUUAGUAAUAAUGCUUUGAGUGAGUUCAUCGGUCAAUAAGUAUUCGCAGAUGCAAUAGACCGUCUCGGUGACAGCAAGAUUUGUAAAGAUUGAUGAGAGACGUCUAGCAAAAACGCCACCAUUCAUCUUAAGUUCGGGUCUCUGAGGUCGUCAGCUGCGUGGUAAUAGCCGGUACUGUGCGGGCCUUAACUUAUCGGCUAACCACUUAGUUGUUGCAUGAUGCGGAGGGGUGCGCAUGUCCGAAAUCCAACGACCUGUCAGGCCGUCCUUGUUGACCUUCGGCGGACCAUACAAUCAAGGGAUGUGUGUGCGCCGAUUGGUCAGAAGUGUCGAAGGUCACGGUCGCUUUGGAAACCCCUUGCGUGAAGUUUUUGUAGACAGAUGGUUAAUGGUGUCUCUAUUAAGACUACGCAAUCCAUUUCCCGGUCUACUUUCCCGGGUUUCUUCUGGUCUGACAAUAUCGACCGCAUCUUUUAACCAUUCCAUUUACCGGGUAGCAUUGCUUUCAGCAAGUUGCGGACCGUUCCAAAUAACAUCAAUUGGGAGGAGAAGGAGGAGGAGGAAAAGGAGGAGGAGGAGGAGGAGGAGGAGGAGGAGGAGGAGGAGGAGGAUGAAUGA